CGCUGUAGUGGGGUGGGUCUACACUGGUUGAUUCGACUGGCUCCAUUUACAGGCUUCAGUGAACUUGGUGUUUCAGUCUGCAUAAGCUCCUGUCUGUCUCCUGAAGUGUCCAGAUUGAUCACAGACUGAGCUAUGUCUGCAAAAGCGAUGUCAAAAGGAAGCCCUGCGCCAGGCCCUGUGCCUGCAGGAAUGAUUCGCCUAUACAGCAUGCGAUUCUGUCCAUUUGCUCAGCGUGCUCGCCUGGUCUUGGAAGCCAAGAAAAUCAAACAUGAAACUGUCAAUAUCAAUCUGUUGAACAAGCCUGACUGGUUCUUCGAGAAGAAUCCCCUUGGUAUGGUGCCAAUCUUGGAGACCUGCAAGAACGAGCUGGUCUAUGAGUCUCCAAUCACCUGCGAGUUUCUAGAUGAUACAUACCCUGCCAAACGGCUUCUGCCCACAGAUCCCUACGAGAAGGCCAAGCAGAAGAUGCUGCUGGAACAGUUCAGUAAGGUGAACGGGGAGUAUAUGUUUUUAUCGGAUUGAGUGUGACAAGUUUAGUUUCUGGCCAUGGACACAGCAGAGGGCAUAUAAAGGCAUCAGUGGCCUUCAGACAGCUCAUAGAAUCAUACAGGUCAAAUGCAGGCCAAUUGACCCAAUAUUUCUGCGCCAGCUUUUCAAAAGAGGUCUUUUCAAUUAGGCCUACUCCCUUACUCUAUUGCUGAUUACUGACCAUUAGUCUGUUAUAAACUAGUUAAUAGGGAUUUAUUCCUGUGAUUAAUCAGAAAGUUAAUAAUAUUGCAUCAUGUGACUAUCAGGAAGGCAGACAGGGAACUCAGUGAAACAUGGAGUUCUCCAAUGUAGGAUUCCUCUGGCUUCUGAUGUUGGUUUCAUCCCAUUUGUUGCUUCAAAACUGGUCUAAACUAAUUUUCAGGCCACCGGUUACAAUAUCCCCACUCUGAACUUUUUCUCCAUACAAGACAUUUUGUCAGAAUUGACAGAGGCAGGUGCAGAAUUCCUCAAGGAAAGGCAAGGAGAAGAGCAGACAAUGGUGGCAGUUCCAAGUGCUGGGUAUUGAUCUUAAAAUCAGGUGAAUAUUUAAUGACUGGAGGUGGUUUUAUUUUAAAUAGUGCUGAGUAAUUUAGAAAGUCCACUGGGAAACAAACUGGUUUCAAACAGGAACAGAAGACUAUUCCUGUUCUGCUACCUAUCAGUGAGAUGAGAGCUGAUUGUUACAUUAAUUCCAUCUACCUGCUUUGGCUUCUUUCCUCCAUUUCUCAUAUCCUUCAAUGUCCUUGGGGGAUAAUUCCACAUUUCCACUACACAUGGCAUUGCCAUAAAUGGCUCUGGUCACAGUGCAAUGUCUAUCCAGCUCCUUCCUCCAGCUGGGCCUUCAGUUGUUCUUUGCUGAAUUGGCACACAAUAUUUUCUUUAGAUAGAUCCCACAGUUUUCACCUUCAGCACACCUUUUUAGUUAGUGUUCCAACAACACAAGAAAGAAAAACAGGAUGAGACUGCAUAGACCAUUGACAGUCCUCUACCAUUCUGUAAGAUUAUGGCUGAUCUUGAGCUUCCCACCGACUCCCGUGAUCCCUGUGGAGAACAAAAAUCUGUCUUUCUCAGCCUUAAAUGUAUUCAUCAAUACAGUAUCCUCUGAGGAGACAAUUCCAAAGAUUCACAAUUCAUCGAGUGAAAAAUGUCACAGCCUUAUAUGAUUAGCCCCCAUAUCAUGCAAAUGUGUCUCUGCAUUCCAGACUCCUCAGCCAGGAGAAACAGCUUCUCAAUAUAUACGCUGUCAAGCAUGUUCAGGAUCUUUGACAUUGCAAUUGCCUCUCAUUCUCUUAAACCCCAGGAAAUAUCAGCCCAAUUUACUUAGUCUCUCAACAAAGGGCAACUCCCUCAACCCAGGUACCAAUUUAAUGAAUCUUCACUGUAUCACCUCCGAUGCAAGUAUAUCUUCCUUAAAUACAGAGACAAAAUUUGCAUGCCAUAUUCCUGAUUUGUUCUCACCAAAGCCUUGAACAAUUGUAGCAAGACUUCUUUAUUCCUGUACUCCACUUGCCUUGCUGUAAACGUCAACAUGCCGUUGCCUUCCUAUCUGCUUGUAGGUACCUGCUACUAACAUUCUAUGCAUCUUGCACGAGCACUCCCAAGUCUUUAAGCAUAAAAAUUUACAAGUUACAGAGAAAGAUAGAAUUAUUACAGUGCAGAGUAAACCAUUCAGCCCAUCAUGACUGUGCCAGCUCUUCAAAUUAGUAUUUUAUUCCAGUGCCAUUCCCCUACCCUUUCCAUAAUCCUGCAUAUUGUUCCCUUUCAUAUAUCAGUCUAACUCCCUUUUCAAUGCUUCUCCUGAACCUGCCUUCACCGCAUGCAUAAGCAGUGCAUUGCAACCCCUAACCACUCGCUGCAUUGUUAUAAUCCCAGCAGUCGAUAAUCCUGCUCAAGUCGAAUCUCAGAAUGAAAUGAUACUUGAUAGAUCAGAAGUUUUAUUUUGACAGUUGGUUACUGUAAUGUUAGUCACUCAACAUAUUCACAUGAGUUUGCCAAUGUUCUCUUAAUACAAGAAUACAAAAGGAAAACAAAACUAAUAACCUUAUAUUUUUGUGUAUAUGUAAGUCAAUUUGAAUAGUUUUCACACAAGCGACUUGGACAAAAACGUUAACCUUUUUUCCAGCAAUAUCCUUUUCCAGAUAAACCUCAGAUAACUUAAUCCUGGAUAAAUUCCAUUUCUAUCUUAACUCUUUAACUUCUUACAUAACCAACUCUUUCAGUUUUCCUUAUUGUAUUGUUGAAACAGUUUUAAGACUUCUUUUCAGUUCUGAUGACCUAAAUCUCAUUUCAGUCCUGACAGCAUGAACACUUCCACGCAAACUCUCACAACACGGAGACGUCAGAAAAUUAAACCAUUCUGCCAGGAUGAAAUUGAAACUUGAUUCUUCAGAACUGAACUCAAACUAAACUAACAGUGUCCCUGAUCAUUUAUUUUUCUGUAUCUCAUCAAAUCAACAGUGUAAUCAUUUCAUCAAUUAACCCCACCAGUAUUCAGAUAGUCACAUGAUUUUUGGAAAAUGACUUUAGGUCACUUCUCCAAAUGACUUUCUUACUUCUUUUAAACAAAAAAGCCCUCAUAGAGUGGAAACCAAAGUUUAUUUUCCCUCAAUGUUUAAAAAAAUCCAAAUUUCCAAAUGAUUGUAUUUUAUACAG